UGGAGUCCAGCUCUGACGUCAGCUGCUGAAUAUCCAAUGAGGAUUCUCCGGGACUCGGACUGGUCCGGUUCGUCCUGCGUCUUCUCCCGCAGAAUAAAAACUUGGGUGAGGCGGAUCAGGAUCCUGCAGGAGGUUUUUCGUACGGGUCUUCACCGAUAGUCAGAGCCAGACAGCGGGGAGGGGGCCGCCGCCUCACUGGAGGAUCGUUAAUGGACCGAGACCGGGACCAACGAAUCUGCUCCUGGACCGGGUUUUAGUAUGAGACUGGGACUCCGGCCCGGAGGCUCAGAUAGAUGAAGAGGUCAUGGAGAGACGGAUCAGUGGAGUCCGACACAUGUGCACUCUGACCCUGCUGCUGGUCUCCGUGUGUCCGCUCUGCUGCAGGGCCAGCUGGAUGUGGCUGGGUGUGACCGCGGCGGGAGUACCGGAGAAGCUGGGCUGCGCUAACCUUCCUCUGAGCCCCCGGCAGCGGGAGCUGUGCCGGAGGAAGCCGUUCCUGCUGCCGAGCAUUCAGGACGGAGCCCGGCUGGCGAUCAGCGAGUGUCAGAGCCAGUUCAGACACGAGAGGUGGAACUGCUCCACCACGGGGCAGCCUACAGUGUUCGGAUACGAGUUGACCAGCGGAACCAAAGAAACGGCGUUUAUCUACGCGGUGAUGGCGGCGGGGCUGGUCCACGCCGUCACGCGCUCCUGCAGUCAGGGCAACAUGACGGAGUGCGGGUGCGACGCUCGGCUGCGGGGCGGCGGCUCGGCGGCAGAGGGCUGGCACUGGGGCGGCUGCUCGGACCACAUCCAGUACGGAACCUGGUUCAGCCGCAAGUUCAUCGACAACGCCGUGAAAAACAUGUCUACGAGCAGAGGAGGGUACACGCUGAUCACCAUGAACCAGCACAACACGGAGGCCGGACGACAGGCCAUUGAAAGGACAAUGUCCACAGACUGUCGUUGUCACGGUGUUUCCGGUUCCUGUGCAGUGAAGACGUGCUGGAGGACGAUGGCGGCGUUCGAGCGCGUGGGCGUUUACCUGAAGGAGCGAUACGAGCGCAGCGUCCAGGUGUCGGACCGCUCCAGGAAGAACACGAGGAGGAAGGAGCAGCGUCGCCUCCCCGUCGACAAACACCAGCUCAUCUUCUUCAACAAGUCCCCCAACUACUGCCUGGAGGACCGGCGGCGGGGCAUCGCUGGCACCAGGGGGCGCCGCUGCAACCGGACAUCCACCAAACCGGACGGCUGCAACCUGCUGUGCUGCGGCCGAGGAUACAACACGCACGUGGUGAGAAACGUCCAACGCUGCGAGUGCAAGUUCGUCUGGUGCUGCUUCGUCCGCUGCAGGCGCUGCGAGAGCAUGAACGACAUGCACACCUGUAAAUAAAUGAAUCAGCAAUCACACCUGAGAGUCAAGAUAUCACCUGGAGACUAUAGAUCACACCUGAGGAUAAACCACAGAUAGGUGUUACUGGAUUUUCUUGUGACCAAUCAGAAACCUUUCCACACCUGUCACCUGUGCAGCAGACAACAGGCUGUGAUUGGUUGAUGCAGCAGAAGAUGGCCUCCAGACUGACAACAAGAGAUCAAAGUCCAAAGGAUUCUUCCAGAAUUUAUUGAUGGAACUUUAUCAAACGUUGACAGUCGUCAUCGUCUUCUUCUUCUCUUCAGUUUUGUUGAUUAAUCACCUGCACAGGUGUGAAACCAUCAAAACAUCUUCCUGAUUCACACCUGGAAGCUGGUCAGAGGUGAAGACACCAGAGUCUUUCAUUGGCUGACACCUGAGGAAGUGAUUUAUUCAUAUUUUAACUUUGAACCUUUAAAGCUCUGGAUCAGGAGGACUGGGCUUCAGUUUUAUUUAGUGGGUGUGAAACCAGUUUAAAGGGAAUCUGGAUCCUGUUCAGACUGAUCAGGAUUCUCUGAGACUGAUUCCGGAGCAGAGGUGACGAGUUUGUCGUCGCUCGGAUUUAACGAUGUGAAUAAACGUUUCUUUUCUCUUUCAGGAUAAAUGAACAUAAACACUGAAACAAAAUGUUUUGUAUUUUAUUUUUGGCAAUAAACAUGUAUUUAUAUGUAAACAAUGGUACAGUUAAUGAUUGAAGAUGGGAAUAUUAAGUCAUUACAUUCAGACAAUCUGUCAGAAGCAAACACUGUUUUAAAGAUAUUCACUGACUCUUCAGAUUGAACUGGUAAAGUCAUCUGUGUCAUAGAUAAUAUGAAGAAACAGUGUGGAAACCUUUAAAAACACAGUGACAGUCCAUCACAGACCGAGACCUGCUGCAGGAUCAUGAACGUCUGCUUCAGCUCAGGACCACUGGGAAUGAACUGACAGUAUUCAAGUAACAAACUCAUGACACAUGAUCUUCUAUACAGUUUUUAAAAUAGAGAUUCUCAUCUGUUGAUUCAUCUUUAACAGUCUCCUCAUUUCACUGCAGACUUUUACUUGUUUAUCAGUUUCAUGGUAAAGUAAAAGUUUAUUUGUUCAGAACCUUUCAAACCAAUGUAAUAAAGUGUUUAAUAGAACAUCAA